AUGGAAUCCAUAGCAGUUUUUGGGCUAAAACAUGGUCCUUCUCCUAACAACUUACGUCCAGCAAACAAACUCUCUUGCUUUCCACUGAUGUCGGUUCCCACCAAGCCUCCAAAGUUUGUUCGUUUGAAGGCGAAUACUACCAUAACUUGUGAUGAUCAAGAAAGCAAUCGCACGUUCAAGGAACUGCAACCUUCUCCAUGGACUGAUCAGUUCCACGCUGUUUCUGACAAUGUCACGGAAAUGGAUGCGCUUAGGAAAGAAAUCCAUUUACUAAAGUCAAAAGUGAAGAACGCGCUAAUGUCUUCCAAAGAGUCGGCAAAGACGAGAAUUCUUAUGAUAUAUCUAUUGGUGAGCCUUGGCCUUGCACAUCACUUUGAGGAUGAGAUCGAUGAGACUCUAAAACAAGGGUUCGAAAAGAAAGAGGAGAUAAUGGAUGGUGAAAAUGAUUUGUACACAGUUUCCAUCAUCUUCUGGGUUUUCAGAAGAUACGGUCACCACAUAUCUUCCGAUGUAUUCAAGAGAUUCACAAGGAGCAAUGGAUAUUUCAAAGAAUCUCUUGUCGGAGAUGUCAAGGGUAUGUUGAGCUUGUAUGAAGCUGCGCAUUUGCGAACAACAAAAGAUUAUAUAAUGGACGAAGCAUUGAUAUUUACAUCGAGACAUCUGGAGUCACUAGCUGCUGAUGGGACUCAUCUCUCAGUACGUAUCCGAAAGGCUCUUAGUCUGCCUCAGCACUGGAACAUGGAGAUGUUAUUCCCAGUGGAAUAUAUCUCAUUCUAUGAACAAGAAAAAGACCAUGAUGAGAUUCUACUCAAGCUUGCUAAGAUCAGUUUCAAGUUAGUACAGCGCCAAUACCUUCAAGAACUCAAAAUCCUUACAAAAUGGUACAAGGAGCUAGAGUUUGCAUCUAAGCUGCCACCUUACUUCAGAGACAGAAUCGUCGAAAAUCAUUUCUUUGUGCAAGCGAUGUGCUUUGAGCCACAACUAUCACGUGGAAGGGUUCUGAUGGUUAAGUUCUUCAUUGCUUUAGUGCUUCUAGAUGACACAUUUGACAGAUAUGCAUCUUUUCCUGAGGCUGAAGGCCUCGCUAAUAGCUUGGAAAGGUGGGCUCACGAUCAUACCAUGGAUAAACAGCCUGAUUAUUUGAAAUCCGUGUUGAACAUUCUGAUAAAUACUUUUGAAGAGUUUGAAAGAGAACUUGGGCCAGAAGGAAGAUCAUACAACGUGAGCGCCGCAAAAGAAGUGUUCAAGACACAUGUGAAAUCCAACUUAGAUCUUGCAAAAUGGGCCCUAGUUUAUCAUGUUCCUGGCUUUGAGGAGUACAUGGAGGUUGGUGAGAUGGAAAUCGCAGUGUAUGCGACUUUGGCAAGUAGAUACAUGUCUAUGGGAAAGAUGACGGCAAAAGAAGCUUACGAGUGGCUAAUGUCCAGACCAAAACUCGUCCAAUCUGUAUGUGUCAAAGGUCGUCUUAUGGAUGAUAUAACUGGUUUCCAGGAUGACAUUAGUAGAGGAUACGUCACGAAUGCUGUCAGCUGUUAUAUGAAGCAAUAUGGAGUUUCCGAAAUUGAAGCUUUUAGGGAGCUUAAUAAAAUGGUCGGAGAGGCAGAUAAGAUAAUAAAUGAAGAGUUCUUGACAAUAACUGGUGUGCGACACUGUGUUCUUAAGGCAGCCAUUGAUCUUGCACGCAUGAUCCACGUCUGCUACAAUGGAUAUGAAGGUUACACCGAUCCCCAAGGAAAAAUUAAUGAGUACAUGACUUCUAUGUUCGUGAAUCAGAUCCGUCUUUGA